GCACCGCCGGCGCCUCCACAGCGCCCUGCGCCCCCGCCCCUGAGGCCCGGCCGCGCUCCUCCGCGCCGGCAGGGGGCGCCGCCCCGCCGGGGCCGCUCCGGCGCUGCUGCUUCCGCGGGGCUCGGCCAUGGCGGCGGGCGCCCGGAGGGCCGUGUAUCCGCUAUUCCAGAGGGGCGGCCCGCAGCUGCGGAUCUUCCGUCCCAACUUCUUCAUGCUGGCGGUGCGGCCCGGCGUGCCCCAGCCCGAGGACACCGUGCAGUUCCGCGUCUCCAUGGAAAUGACAAAAUUGGAUAUCAGGAAUUACCUUGAAAGAAUAUACAAUGUGCCAGUAGCUGCUGUGAGGACCAGGAUACAGUAUGGUGCAAACAACAAGAGGAAUCACAGGAAUCAGAGAGUGAAGAAGCCAGAUUACAAGGUCGCCUAUGUACAGCUGGGCCAAGGACAAACCUUUCAGUUUCCCAACCUAUUUCCAGAGAAAGAACAAGACGCAGAAACUCGCUCUUUCGAUGACUUCAGGGAUAAAUAUAUGGAGAAAGAGAAGCAGAAGCAGGAAGGUGACCCCAGACGAGGUGGAGUCCCCGAUUGGUUUGGACUUUGAUGCAACAAGCCAGCUGCCUUCCUUUAGGCUCAGAGGGAUUUUGAUUAGCACAACUUGCACUCUUCUCUUCUUGUAAUGACCGAAUGUUUAUUCUUGAGCAGCUCCUGCUAGCGUGUCUUUUUUUCUGGCUGUUUGUACAUGACUACAAAAAAAUGGUCCUGAAGAAAUAAAAAGGUAAAAUAAAUCUGACUGCACCAGG